CCACCACCCUCCCCCUGCAGAUCUGGGACCACAGCACCUUUGCCUUUGCUGUUGCUGUGCCUCAGCACCCACCGUAAGGAGAUAAAAUAGUCUCAAAGAUGCUUUGGAGGGAAGCAUGCUUUAAAUGCAUGGUGUGUACAUACCGUAUUUUUCGCUCCAUAGGGCGCACCGGACCAUAGGACGCACCGACCCCUCUCGCUCUCCAGGCUUCAGCGAAAGCCUGCAUUCACUCCAUAGGACACACACACAUUUCCCCUUCAUUUUUGGAUGGGGAAAAGUGCGUCCUAUAGAGUGAAAAAUACGGUAGUUAUGUCGCAGGGAAAAAACAAAAGCAGUUGUGAUGACUUAUAUGAAAGAUGUCAAAUUCCACAUUAGGGCCGUACUAUGCUAGGCCAGUCAAAAUGUUCCGAAAGGGUAUGCAAGCUUUCCAGUUCUCUGGAAGACUUCAUUGGGUUGAUGGUAAACAAAACAAGGUUGGUUUUGGACUAAGACUCUUAGUUUUUGCUAAAGAUGGAGCUUCUAACACGAUUAUUUAUUUUUAUUAUUUUUACAGUGAGGGGAGGGAGUCCCCUAAUUUCCUGGAUUUAGUGAAAGUUUGAAUUAAUUAAGGUUUGAUUCAACUUCGCCAAACACAGAAACCCCAGGAUUUAGUUAUGCUAAAUGAAGGGCAGUAUACUAGUACUACUACUACUACUACUAAUAGUAAUAAUGACGCUGGGGGUCUCAAGAGUUACCCUGAGCUUAUUUACUGAGUUGCUUCCAGUCCAGCCUCAGAACGCCAAGGCUGCAGUCCUGAACCCACUUUCCUGGCUGGGAGUGAUCACUCUCAAGGCUCAUCUGGAGCCAUGCCUAGAUAAAUCCAGAACUGCAUUGCCAAUCACAUUUGGGACAAGGAGACAGGCUGAAAGUGAAUGGUGCCCAAUGGCCAUUGAAAGGCAUUGGUGCCCUUUUGGUUGGCUACAGGUAAACAUCGCAUUUCAGGAUGUGUGCGGCUCAGAGAAAUUGGGGUUGCCCAGAGGACGGGCUUUAGGGGCCUUCCACAAGCAGCCAGGCAAGAAAGAGCUGAACAAAAUAACUAUUUAUAGACUAAUACAAUCUUUCUCACAUUAAUUCUUACAAGUCUGGCUGAUGAAGAAUUGAUCAAGAUUGGCUGAUGAAGCAUUUAACGAAACAGAUUGGUUAUCCGGAAACUGUUCCGGCGAUAUUUGGUGACAGAUUAUGUAUAUAUCAAACUUUUGAAUUAUUCUACCGCGACUGGUGAAGAAGAUUUAGAGACUUUGGUUGCAAUUUCUGAUCAUUUGUAUUAGUCUAUAAAUAGUGUUGAGUGCCAUUGUUAUUGGCCAUCGUGUUGUGUUAUUUUGUUCGGCUCAUUCAGGCAAGAAAGCGUUAGCAUUGGGAUGGCAGGUGGCCUACAUUAGGGUGGGUCUGGAUCCUGCACCUCGAUCCUCCAGCCUCUCAGUUAAAGCACACCCUGACGAGUGACUUUUUGGGAUGGCUAUAAGAACUGCAUUAGGAUGGCUUGAAUCCUGAGCCAUGAUAAAGUUUAGACUUUAAAAACUAAAUAUAUUUUUGUGUUGCUUUCUAAUGGCUGUUUGGGCAGGUAAUAUUUUGUGUGUUUGUAGAUGGUUCCUAAAAUCCACUGUGUCUCUGGCUGGUGAGCUUAUGGGUCCAACAAUAGCUGCUUCUAGGAUCUUUUCCUUCUCUUCAGGGAAAUAAUCCGGGUUGCCCUAUCUGGCAGUUUAACAGUCCAGUUCUAUUUUUAAAAAAAUUCCACUCCCUCCUGAUUGAUUAACACUCCAUGAGCUCUGAUUGGCUUCUACGGUAUCCAAUAGGACAACCCAUGGUCUGUCAGCGGUGGUCGGGUCCAGAGGCAAUAGUGAGUGGGGCAACAAAUGUCAGUUCUGCCUUUGUGCAGUAGGCUAGUAGGCAUUCACACACCGCAUCAUGUGCCUGUAGAGAAAGGCUAGAAACGACACAAAUAUAAAUGAACAAGUUGGACUUGCAGCAAAAUGUUAACAUGUGGUGUGUGCCAGUGUUCCAACCAGCCACCCAGCCAUGGCCUCUCUCAGAAUAUCCCAUUCUGUCUCUCCCCCCGCCCAACCCAGUUUCCUAGGAUUUUCCCCUCCAACACUCAGUCAGCAUUCUGUGGCUCAGUCCUUUUCCAGGGGAUUUAAAAACAUUUUUUUGCACUUCUGCAAACCUUGCUUUUCCUUGCUCACACCUCCCUCUUGUGUGGAAAUGUUGUCAUUUUAGUUUGGAAGUCAGAAACUGUUAGUCUAUAUCCAGGAUGGGGAACUUGUAGCCCUCCAAAUGCUGGACUCCCAACUCCCAUCAUCACUGGACAUGAUUUUCAGGACUGAUGAGAGUUGGAGUCCCAAUAUCUGGAAAACCACAAUUUCCUCAUAUAGAAUUUACAGUGUUAUGAGUUUGCGGGUGCCAGACACCCUAAAUUCCUGGGUCGAGUAGGUGUUAGAAUUUAAUCAAGGCUUGGAGUGUUAAAGCAGGGUGCUAGACAUGAGUGUAUUAACUCUACCAGGGACCAUGAACUUGCUUCAUUUAUUUAUUUAUUAUUUACACCAUUAAAUUACAUGGCACAUUUAAUCAAUGGAAUUAAAGAAUUCACAAUUAAAUCAACAGUAGUUAAUUUCAUUUUAGCAGUAAUUUUUAGACAAAUAAUGCAGCUGUUGCAGGAAAGAUUUUUUUCAUGGGGGGGGCAUCAAUACAGCUCCUUGCCAAGGCCGCAAGGGACCCUAAGCACACCUCUGAAUGCAAAUCUAGGAGAGAAGGGAAUUGGGGGAUGGGGGAGAGAAAAGAAAUUCAGAAUGAGUGGAAGGAAAGACAGUAACCCCCUGAAUUAUUUUUAAAAGCAACCAGAUUCUACAAUGCAUGUAAAUAAUACCUUUUUGCAUAGUUUAUUCCAGUAAUAUGCUGAAUAGAUCAGUCGGUAGAGCAUGAGAUUCUUAAUCUCAGGGGUUGUGGGUUCAAGUACCACAUUAGGCAAAAAAUAUUCCUGCAUUACAGGGGGUUGGACUAGAUGACCCAUGUAGUCUCUUCCAAUUCUACAAUUCUAUGAUUGUAUGAAAAGGAUUUAUCUCUGAAUGUGGUGAGUGAGGGUUUUUUUGUGUGAGGGGUGCUGUUUUAAAUUGAAUGCACACUGAAGCAUCAAUGUUGUUGUUGUUUAGUCGUUUAGUCGUGUCCGACUCUUUGUGACCCCAUGGACCAGAGCACACCAGACACUCCUGUCUUCCACUGCCUCCCGCAGUUUGGUCAGACUCAUGUUGGUAGCUUCGAGAACAUUGUCCAACCAUCUCGUCCUCUGUCAUCCCCUUCUCCUUGUGCCCUCCAUCUUUCCUAGCAUCAGGGUCUUUUCCAGGGAGUCUUCUCUUCUCAUGAGGUGGCCAAAGUAUUGGAGCCUCAGCUUCACGAUCUGUCCUUCCAGUGAGCACUCAGGGUUGAUUUCCUUAAGAAUGGAUAUGUUUGGUCUUCUUGCUGUCCAUGGGACUCUCAAGAGUCUCCUCCAGCGCCAUAAUUCAAAAGCAUCAAUUCUUCGGCGAUCAGCCUUCUUUAUGGUCCAGCUCUCACUUCCAUACAUCACUACUGGGGAAACCAUGGCUUUAACUAUACGGACCUUUGUUGGUAAGGUGAUGUCUCUACUUUUUAAGAUGUUGUCUAGAUUUGCCAUCGCCUUUCUCCCAAGGAGCAGGCGUCUUUUAAUUUCGUGACUGCUGUCACCAUCUGCAGUGAUCGAAGCAUCAAUAGAUUUAAUAAAUUACCCAGAAUACUUGCAUGUAACCCACGAAUAGUAAUCAGAUUAGAGUCUUCUCUUAGUUUAAGGAAUCCUGCAGAUGACAAUUUUGUUCAGCAUUCAUGCUGCUUUGCUUGCGUAAAGCUUACAUAGUGGUUAGACUGUGUUCCGUGUUUUUUGAGCAUUCAUCCUGAUUUGCUUGUGGGGUGUUUGUAUGUCUUCUUAUUAAUCAUUAGUUCAUCCUACAGUUUUCAAUGCAUUUCCCUGUCACUUUCCAAAGUGCAGAAAGUCUUUUUUUUUUUAAAGUGGAUUUGUUUCAAUAGAGCAAUCGAGCACUUUAAUUGUGAAAACCCUAGAAUUUUCAACUGGAGAAAUAAAAAUUGAAAACCACCCUAGUAAUGUGGUGGCGGAGAAAGAUGAGGAGGCAUUCCAGUUAAUCCUCCCUAAAGCAUUCCAGAGAUUGCAACCAUAUGUUGCUGCUCAAAAAGUGUCAACCUUAUCCACGUUUUAAAAAUUCCCACCCACUCUUUAGCUGCCAAACAGCAUAGCUAAUUCUACCAACUGCAAAUCUUAAAUCUGUAUAAUUAACCUAGAACUUCAAAGCUACGCAGGAACAACUGCAUAGUUGGGAACCAUCUUCCAAUGUUAUCUAGCCCAUCCCACUGUCAGCAGGAUUUCUUGGGGAAUAUAUCCACACCCCCAAUAGGCUUUCCUGCAUACACUCCUUCCAUUGAGUUCAAUGGAGUUAACAGUAAAGCUCAGCUCCAGUCUGUAUGAUAGGCAGUCUGUAAGAGGCAGCUUGAUUAGCUGGGCUAUGUAUAAAAUCAGCUGUGGACCUGAAUGGGGCAAGUCACCACCUCUCAGCCUAACCAACUUUACAGGGUUGCUAUGUGGAUAAAAGAUGGGGGGGAGAGACUUGUAUGCUGCCUUGAGUUCACUGGAGGAAGGAUCCUGUUUCCUGUCCAUACAUGAUCAAAACAGAACAGAUCAUCCUACAGACUAUGCUUGACUACAGUGGCUUCAGACUGGGUAUCUCUCUAGCUAAGGCUGCUCACAGAUCUGGUCUGGCCUGGACAGUUUCCUUUGAUGUAUGAGAUUACAAAUUCAGUCUUAGGAUCUCUAAUUAAAGGGGAUCAUGUAAGAAGAGGUAGGAAAACCUGCCACCAUAAUAAGCCAGAAUAGACCAUACUGACUAGAUGGGCCAGUAGCCUGGUUCUGUAUAGCUUUGAUCAUACUGGUUGUAAAACAGGGCAAAGCCUCUUUUUAAAAAUAUCAAGUUGGUGCACUGGUUGGCCCUGUUUUUUAGGAGCUUCAGAAAUAAAAGUUUUCAUCUGCUGCAAUCGACCCUGUAAUAAUUCUUCACCAGCAAUCUUUUUCGGAACACACUAAUCAGAAAUAGUGCCCACUUGAAAUUGGCAAGGUGUCUUCUAAAUUAUUGAUGCAAUAGACCAAGACACCCUCUUGUGCAAGUUCUGCCAAAACAAAUGGGAGAAAGAGCUGGAGCUGACCCCAGAUUGCAGUCAGGUUGUUAAUGAAUGUACUGAAAAUCCAUCUGCUUUUGGUCCUCAAGAAUAGGUUGCAGAGGAGUGGAAAAACUGAAACGUUUGUUAGCAUUCAUAUAUCUCUCCAACCACUCUUUGGGAUUUUCCUGCAGCAAUACUCCUUCAUCAUCAUCAUCAUCAUCAUACUUAAUGUGUAUAUAACACUUGAGAGGUCAUUAUCUCAGUAAUUAUGCAGCUAUAGAAAGCAUCUGAGCCCUGUAUAAUCUAUACUGAAGAUAUUUGGGGCUCAAUGUCGGGGAGCUGUUAACGCUGCCAAUUUAAAGAAGAGCAAAAUUGCUACUCCAAACGGUAUUCAGUACAAAUUUGUGCGUGGAUGAGGAAUUGAGGUGUGAUUGUUUGUUCAACGUCUUGGGAAGAUAGGAAGAGCAUAGUAGCCAGCUAAGGUAUUGGAAGAAGGAGAAUAAAUCGUGAGACAAUUUCCUUGUGCUAGGCAGAGAUUCUUGAGCAGCUAGCUAGUUGAAGCUCCUAAAUGCCUUCAUGUCUACACUGUACUGCGUCUUAGAUUUGAAUAGCUCCUGAGGUUCCCCCAAGGAUUAAAAAUAAUAAAUGGGGCGGAGAGAGCUUGGAAUAGCAGACAUUUGUGGCAUGUUACAAUCGGGGGGUUUUUUUGUUGGGUUUGGAGUUUUUUUUGGAAUAGAGACAGGUUUGGAAAUGCAAGAUCUAACCAUCACAUUAUUAGAAAGAGGAGAGGUUGCUGCUAUGAAGCGUAAUGCAGCAGUCGGUGUGUGUAUUAGGCUAUUUUGCAUAUUGCCUUUUGGGGACAGGAGCUGUUGUAGACUUCACAAAGGUUUGCAAAUAGCUUUGGAACAGGAGUGCUAUAGCAACAUCCUGGCUUUUUGUCCAUAAUAUUUUCCUGCCCGUUCCAUAACAGAUGUCGCCUUGCCGUUGUCGGGAACGUGGGACAUUAGGACCCAGAGGCUGCUGAACAGGAGAGGCAGAAUUGCUUCUCUCUUUUGUCAUCUUCCCUUGCCUCUGCAGCCUUCCUCUCCUGAUCUCCUUCAAUGGUGACUGACCAUCUCUUACACAGCCAGGGAGCCAAACCACGGUAGGACCAGACCCGAUGGCCUCUCCCAGGACUAUAACAAUUGUAGCCCUCUCGGUAGCCUUGGGGCUCUUCUUCGUCUUUAUGGGGACCAUCAAACUGACCCCCAGGCUCAGCAGAGAUGCCUACAAUGAGAUGGUGAGUAGUACAUCUGGGGUGGGAGACAUCUUACUGCCAGUACUGGCUGGCAUUCAUCCUCUUGCAGCCGCUGCUGUCUGUUUCUAUUUGCAAGUAGUAUCAGCCAUGUAAAAAGAAGGCAGCUGUUGCUGUGAAUGUGCCAAGGGUGGGAGAAGAGAAACAAAUGGGUACCACAGAAUGACAUCCUCAUCCUUAUUUGGCUGGGAAUAGAGAUCAAGAAGCCUGAACCUCCCUUUGCGGCUGCUGAAAUUAUAUUUCUUGUUAGCUGGUGGUUUGGCUCCUGUGGCAUUCAUUUCUAAGGCUGCCCUCCACCCCCACAGCAAAAGCACCUAUAAAUUGAGAAGGGCUGCUGGAACAGGGGUGAACAGGAUGGGGGAGAGCUCUGCAAAAAGAUAAAUGUGUCUGAUCUGAGAAGACUCGAUCACAACAUGGGUGCAUUUUUCCCAUCAAGUGAAGUGGCGUGGAGGGUGGCAGUCCCAAGUGUUUUUUUAGGAUUGUGAGCAAGGUAACAUAGGGCACUGGAUCCCUGUUCCCUCUCCUCAAAAUGAUCUAAAGUGGAUCACCUUCCCAGGCGAAGGACAGAACCAGCCCAACAGAACAAGGCAGCUCAUGUCAGGGCAUGAAUUCUGAGUACCGUUUAAAGGCCACAAACUGUAAAAUUAUUUAGCAUAUUGCCAUUCUGUGGGGUAUUGUGGAUAUUUUGCUGAAAGUACCAAAAUGUAUUGGGUCAACUCUGUCAAAGGGUAAUAUGAUUUUGUCCGCUGCCUGCCCUCUAAUUUCUUUUCCAAGAGAAGGUUCUGGAAAAUGACAAAUGUGGGUCCUUCAUAAACCUGGGAUUUCUGGCUGAGAUGCUGCCAGUCUUCCAGUUAGUCAACAUGCUUCCAUUUCCUCCUGUUUCUUGCCUAUAAUUCAUCCACCGGCGAGCCCCACCUAUGUUGCGAUGCAGGCAACCAAAGUGUGACUGCCCAUCAUUUAGUCUUCCUGCUGCUACCACCUCAGCUAUGUUUUGCCCAUCUAUCCUAAAUACAUUAUUUCUUUAUGAAAAUGGCUAGAGUUUCUUGGAAGUCCCAAGAAACAACUAUGAAACUUUCUGACGUGUUCUAAUUUUUCCUUGCCUUGCUACACAAUCUGGAAUAUCAGGGGGGAUCUAGAUCUCAUCCACUCUGCUUGUGCCAAGCUGCCUCCUUGAAGGACUGGCAAAAUACUCUGGAACCCUCAAGUAAAGGGCAGCCAUAGGAAUGUUCAGUUAUGUCAGGCUGGCUGUAAAGCACAAAUCUCACCAGCACUGUACUUCAUUUCUUACCCUUUCUACCCUUAGCCUCUUAUUAAUGAGAUUUCAGUAUCAUUAGCAUCAGUGACCUCAUCAACACAGUCUUUGGUUUAAUGAGGCUUUUUGUGAUGGCCCUUUAAACAAAUGCACAAACAAACAACCCUUUUCAUCAGUUAUGUUACCGUCUAGAAUUAUUGUUAGACAACUUUGGUUUUAACAAUAUCUCAGAAGAGCCAGCUGCAGAUUUCAUCUCCCUGCUUUCCUAUUCUUCUGCAUCUGCCUGCUUUGCAUCUUAUUUUGAAAAUCAUGCAACAUAUGUCUUAGUUUGCUUUUUCCUUUUACUAAUAAUCCUAAUCUCAUUAAUAAUAAUAAUAUCAAUAUUAAUAGAAAUAAUAAUAAUAAUAUCAAUAUUAAUAGAAAUAAUUCCCAUUAUUUUCCGGCUGCCCAUUAUUUUCCUUAUAAGCAAGAUACAGUGGUACCUCGGGUUACAUACACUUCAGGUUACACACUCCUCUAACCCAGAAAUAGUGCUUCAGGUUAAGAACUUUGCUUCAGGAUAAGAUCAGAAAUCGUGCAGUGGCGGCGCGGCAGCAGCAGGAAGCCCCAUAAGCUAAAGUGGUGCUUCAGGAUAAGAACAGUUUCAGGUUAAAAACGGACCUCUGGAACAAAUUAAGUACUUAACCCGAGGUACCACUGUACCCAACUAACAGAUGCUUGGAAUUUGCAACAUGGUCUGCUUUUCAGUUUGAACUUGUAACUUUCAGAUAAGAAAGGUGGCAGAGAGCAGUAUUAGAACCUUAAACCAAGGUUGCAGUCGCUAAAACAGGUUGCAGUUGCGAGUUGCCAUGUUUGAGCAAAACGGUUCUGAAAUCUUAUUUUUCAAAUGAUGGACUGACUGUGAUUGAUUCUCAGGAAAACAACUGGCUAGUUCAGAUGACAACCUUGAGCUAGUUUAAGAACUUUGAGAACUUAAAGAAAAAAGUCAUUUGAACCAGGGAUAGUCCAUGUAUAUAUUCGAACCUUUUUUUCUUAAUGGUGAUUGCUCCUGCUCUGGCUGCACAGAAAAAGCAAGUUGGUUCCAGAAAUUCAUUCUGAUUGUGCAGAAAAAAAUGUAAAACAGUCCAGAUACAAUGAUCCUCAGAUGGUGAAGGUGUCAGGUGCCAUCCUGGCACCCAGGUAUCUUCACUUAUUCACAAGUGGUCGAAAGCCAGGUGCAAAAUGCUCCUUGCACCUGGCUAAUUUCGAACAUUGGCAGAGAGUGCAGAUUGCUCUGACUGUUACUCUUACUAUGACCCUUAACUCUCUUUUCAGAUAACUUCUUCCUUCUGAUUACUCCUAUGAUGUGUGUGUUACAUUUGGGGAGCUUUCUCCAAGUGAGAAAGUCAAAGGUUCCCCCAAAUGAGUGGUAUGCAUUAUUUCAUAACUAAUGAAGAACUGAACAGAAUCAGUGCCAUUUUCUUCUUAAAUGAAUGCCAAGAGUAAUAGACAGAGCUGAUUUCGUUCAUUCAUUCAUUCAUUCAUUCAUGGCAUUCAUUUCCCCAUAUCUUUAGAUAAAAAGGCCCCUAGGGUGGCUUACUUACAAUUAAUUAAAACCUAUGCACCCUUGUAGGGACGUGCGUGGCACUGUGGGUUAAACCACAGAGCCUAGGGCUUGCUGAUCAGAAGGUCGGCGGUUCGAAUCCCCGCGACGGGGUGAGCUCCCGUUGUUCAGUACCUGCUCCUGCCAACCUAGCAGUUCGAAAGCAUGUCAAAGUGCAAGUAGAUAAAUAGGUACCACUUCGGUGGGAAGGUAAAUGGCGUUUCUGUGCGCUGCUCUGGUUCGCCAGAAGAGGCUUAGUCAUGCUGGCCACAUGACCUGGAAGUUGUACGCCGGCUCCCUCUGCCAAUAAAGCGAGAUGAGCGCCACAACUCCAGAGUCAGCCAUGACUGGACCUAAUGGUCAGGGGUCCAUUUACCUUUUUAUGCACCCUUGUGUUUGUCCCGUGUUUGUUGCAGAAUCGGAUCAAGCAUCCAUCAGCGGAAUGAAGUUUUUCCAAUUCAGCAGUAAAUAGUGGGUUAUUCCUGAGGAAAGUGGCAGGCCCAAAAAACCCAACCCACCUCUCGGAACCAAAGUCACUUCAAAAUUCAGGACAAACAGAAGCAUGGAUGGGCCCUAAAACAAGAGAAACUCUGCCCACAGGUUUACAAUAUAAACAAACACAGCACGCAAGAGAAAAGGGACAUGGAGGGAAGAUGAGAUGGGGAAUCAAAUUCAGGCAUCAGUUCUUGAACACUUGUUCUUAUAACUAGUAGCUGGCCCAGUUCAGGGGUUGGAGGUGCCUGAUGGAGCUUGUCUGUCACAGUAGAGCUCUUGGAGUGAGCUCUGCUUCUCACCUCUCCCAUUGAGUAGGCUGAUGGAAUGGUUGCUCCCAGGUGACAGUUGAAUGAAAGGAGGCCUAAUGGUGCUAUUUUUUGUGACUUCAUCCCUGCGCCUCACCUUUUUUUGGUACAACAAAUGCCUUCAGGUAGCUGCCAAUCUAUUUCCCCAGAUUCUGCAGAUAUUCUUGUUGGUUCAAGGAAAAAAAUAUAGGCCUUAAGAAUAAUUUCUGGAUGCCCAGAUCCAAGUUUGAGGUAAAUCCAAGUUUGAUGAGAGAACCCCCAACAGAAAUUUAAAAUCACAAAACAUGCUGCAAAGUAAAGUGUGGAAAUAUAGGCUGUUAGACCUUUAAAAUAUCCCCUUACGAGUUCCUUCCAAAGUUUCUCUCUUCCCCCAGCAUAGAAAAAGACCACACAUUUGGAAAGUUAAAAAUAGUAUACUUACAAGCUCUCCAAAGGUCAGGUUUAUGUGCUUUUCCAUACAGCAUUUACAAAAAGUUGUGCAGGCAGUAAAACUUGGCUUAGUUAUGGUAGUGAAAGUUCCUAAAUUAUUUGUAUCAGAACUCAAGAAUGGCUUGUGAGAGCCAUGUAGUCUGAAUUUGGAGCAACCAGCUCAGACCUCUACACAUGGUGAGCUUCACAGGUAGAUUGGAGGGUGAACGAUAGGCUUGAUUGCCCAUUUCCUCCCAAGGUAAGGGAAGUUCACCUAGCUAAGCCUGACAGGACAGCUUACUCUAUGGUCUUAACCCCUUCAUGCAUUAAUUAGACUUAAGUAUGUUGGUUAUAUGGGACGCAGGUGGCGCUGUGGGUUAAACCACAGAGCCUAGGACUUGUCAAUCAGAAGGUCGGCAGUUCGAACCCCCGAGACAGGGUGAGCUCCCGUUGCUUGGUCCCUGCUCCUGCCAACCUAGCAGUUCGAAAGCACGUCAAAGUGCAAGUAGAUAAAUAGGUACCGCUCUGGCGGGAAGGUAAACGGCCUUUCUGUACGCUGCUCUGGUUCGCCAGAAGAGGCUUAGUCAUGCUGGCCACAUAACGCGGAAGCUGUACGCCGGCUCCCUUGGCCAAUAAAGCGAGAUGAGCGCCACAACCCCAGAGUCGGUCAUGACUGGACCUAAUGGUCAGGGGGUCACUUUACCUUUACCUAUCUUGGUUAUAUGAGGCUGGUUAUCCCACAAUUUCAUCAUACCAGGACAUUUGGAGAUGGGGUGGGGUGGGAAUGGCAGCCUUCAGUGCAGUCAACCAAUUUUGUGUGUGUGUUGACCAUCAAAAAAUCCAAGGCUUUCUGGGAAAAGAAUACGACAGCCUCCAAAAGGACAUCUGUUGUUGUUGUUGUUGUUCCCCGUUCAUGGGGAAAUGACGUUGCAGGCUGGGAGCAAGUCCUACCCACACGCAUGGGGAGAGAUAGCCCCUGUGCCAUUGGGGGGUCCUCGGCCGUGUCAUCCCUGGCUGAGCAAUCCAGACGGUCCGGGGCAUGGCGUGGGCUAUUUAAACUGCCCGUGACCGAGGACUCGCCCCCUUUUCUUCCUGCUCGCUCAGUUCUCUUGCCCUCCCUCACUAAGGUUAGGCUCAUUAUCUCUUGACCUUGCUAUGGACCUCGGUUGGUCACCUGUCAAAGGGGCCUGGUAGGAAUUUUUUUCCACUUGGAAAACUGGCACCGGCCAUUUGGUUUUUUGCCUACCUUGUAGCAAAUCGUCACAACUUUGUAAGGUUUGGUGGUUAGGCAUUGGAGUGUUUGGUUGAAGGAGAGGGAAAGUAGUGGGCAUCACCUAAUACCCCUUCUAAUUCAAGGGUAUUCCGUUAAAGGAAUCCGAGGGGCGUGGUCUCUGUCCGAAGCCCCAGACAGGGAGCUAGGGUCAUGGCAUGACCCCUAGUGGCGAUCCUGGGGGAGUUCCUAGUUGAUGUGCAUCAGCAGGGCUCCCCCUACUGGUGGUUCACCCUUCCAAGACUUCCUGUGGAUGCACAGGAGUCAGAUAUAGUCGUGUGGUUUCCAAUGCCUAAGCCAAUACCACUCGCAUUCUGUAACUAAUAAUGUUGUGGCCUUUUUCACCUUUUAACCCAAAAUACUGUUUCAUGUGUCUUUAUUUCAACAAGGUACUCUUACCUGUACUUACCAACUUGAAAGCAUUUGGCCAUCUCCCCCCCAAGGUGAUUGUGUGUAUGUGUGAGAGAGCGAACUUAGACAGAUUCUACCAGGUGUGGAUGUGGAGUCCACUACAGGGUAAGGUGUUAAGCUUCUAAUCUCCUUCCUCUGUUUUCGGACCUGGAUGGUGGAUAGUGGAUGGGGGAUGGUGGACCCACACAUGGUAAAUGUUGUUGAAUAAUUUCAGUUGUGUAUGUGCUGUAGGGUUUGUGUGUCUGCAUCUUGUUUGACCUAGUGUUAUAAGUAAUAAAACUGCUCCUUUCCCCUUAUGGGUUACACAAGAGCCUAUAUAGAGUCCUAUUGUAGGUUCUGUAUCGGUAGGAGAAAAUAACAGAGACCAACCAGAGAAUAUUGAGAAGCAAAGCAGCUAGUAAGCCUGAUCUUUAUUAAUGGCUGCAACAGGGUUCUCCCCCACACGCAAGAAAGAGGAGGAGGACCCAGAACAAAGGUAUGCCCGCCCUUAUAUAGACAUUUUAAAUUGCCCACCCUAGAGUCCAAGACUACCCCCCAGAAACAUCAUACAUUCAUCACAGAAGGGGUGUAGCCCAAGACAACCCCCCAGAUACAUCAUACAUAGGUAAAGGUAAAGAGACCCCUGACUGUUAGGUCCAGUCGUGGCCGACUCUGAGGUUGCGGCGCUCAUCUCGCUUUACUGGCUGAGGGAGCCAGCGUACAGCUUCCGGGUCAUGUGGCCAGCAUGACUAAGCUGCUUCUGGCGAACCAGAGCAGCACACAGAAACGCCAUUUACCUUCCCGCCAGAGCUGUACCUAUUUAUCUACUUGCACUUUGACGUGCUUUCGAACUGCUAGGUUGGCAGGAGCAGGGGCCGAGCAACGGGAGCUCAGCCCGUCACAUCACACCUACGUCACAGAAAAGGCGGUCUACAACAGAAAUCUGAGUGUGUUGUUUAUCUCCUGUCUGGCAAGUUAUCUGAUUGCAUUAUCUGGAUUUUGACCACUCCUUUGUUAUUAUAACUACUUAAUUCCUGAAUCUAGGUCACAGGCCCACACCCUGUUCAUAUCUUGAAUGUGCCCUUAAGACAGGAUUUGUGAGGAAAGAGACAAUGGGGAGGUUUCCCACUUUGACCUUGCAGAGAAAUAGUUGAGGUCAAUUUGUUCAGGACCUUUUCUAUGGGGUUUCAGACAUGUGGUUUAUAUAUACAGUUAUGAACAUUUAUUUUUUAUAUAUAUGACCUUAAAAUUCUUAUAACACUAGCAAUGUGAAAUGAGGAUGUUAGUGAUUCUGAGCAUGUGUAGAAUGAACAACAAUCUGUAGGGCAGCCAGUUUCCUUUUUCCUGAAAUGGGGAUAAGGCUUCGCGAUCAAAAGGUUAUUUUCCUGGUCAGUUUAGGAACUGGUACCUCUUUUUUGUUGUUGUUGGGGACAAAAUUAAUCAAGAAGAGAAACACAAUAUUGCAAACUAAGGACAGAAAAAAAAUCUAUUGUUUUGGGAAUAUGGGAGUUAAUCUGGUUAAAUCAGCAAAAUAAAUCUUAGGCUGCAAUACUAGUUCCACGCACAUGAGAGCAAGCCCUACUGAACUCCACUGGACUUACUUAUGAAUAGACGUGUUUAGGUUUGUACUGUUAGUUGCUUAAUUGUAGGAACUUCAAUUAUUUUAAAUCGGGGAAUUUCUUUAUUUAAAUCUGCAUAUGUUGGUAUCUGACAAAAAUAAUUUUUCUAAAAGGAAAUUGAGGUCCUCUAGAUGUUGCUAGGCUACAACUCUUAGCCUUAACAAUAACAGUCAGGGAUCAAAGAUGAUACGAGUUGCAGUCCAGCAACUUUUGGAGGGCCAUAGGUUCCCCGUUCGUGUUAUUUGUUGUUAGCCACUCUGAAUACAUUAGUAAAAAAGCAGAAUGGCAAUAAUAAUAAUAAUAAUAAUAAUAAUAAUAAUGCACUUUGUAUUUAUAUGCCGCCUCCCUAAAUAUUCAAAACACUUCUCUAGCUCUGAAAUCUACCUUUAUAUUCCUAGUGGUUAAGUGAAUGGGGAUUCAGUACUAUGGGACUAAAUUUUGAAAAUAUGGAUUGUAGACCCUACAGAUGGGCAGUUUUCAGGUUUCAAAAGUGGGUUGUGUGCUGUAGGUGGGGUUGCAAUCCCUCUGCAGAGGAAGGUGUUUGGGGGCACUCCAUUCAUCUCCAUCACUAUUGGCUCAGGUGAACUCAGUGGCUUGAAGUUUCCACUACCAACUUUGACAAUUCCUGAACAGGGAUAGUCUUGCCACAAUGGACUAUAUGUUGGUAACCUCAUCAUUAGACUACUGUAAUGUGCUAUAGGAGGGGCUGCCCUUGUACUUGGUUCAGAAGCUCCAGUUAGUGCAAAAUGUAGCUGCUAGAAUGCUUAGUGGGACACUUAGCUAUGCAAAUAUUAUUUUAUCAGCACUGUGAGAUCAGUGGUGCUUCCCUGUUUUGUGGAACAUUCUCCCCAGGAGGACAUGCUUGGUUCCACCACUAUCAGUUUUUAUUCAUCCAGCUUUUGAACCCUAUUUUGGAAGGUGAUGUAUGUUUGCAGCCUCUUCUUCUGCUCAUCUUUUUAGUGAGUUGGGCUAGAUCAGCCCUGAUUUACAUGUUACUGGUGGGCAUGUAAGGGUGUUUUUACACUUGCUUGUAUACAUGUUUACAAUGUGAGUUUCUGUAAGUCACUUUGAGUCACUUUUGUGAAAAAACAUGCAGAAGGAGGAGAAACAGCCACAGCUAUUGAGCCAAGUUCAAUAUUUGUUGUUGACUUUUGAAGUCUUCGAGAACUUGGGCCCACACUACCUAGCUGGCUACUUCUUCUGUUACAGAACAAGCUUAUAUUUCAUAUAUUCCAAGGAGACCUUGCAGGUCACUUUACAAAUGGUGGAUUGUCACUUGGCAACAGUGUAGAAAUGGGCUUUCUCAGUGAUAGUACCUAACCUCUGGAAUGCCCUCCUUCAGGCUGGAGGCAGCAAAAACUUUUAAAUUCCUCAUAAAAACUUACAUGCUUACUUCAGCUUUCUUGAGCUCUGAUUCUUACUUUGUAAUUUGUUUCCCCCCCCCCCAUGCAUAUAUUUGUGACAUAUGGUUUUUAGGAAAUGUUAUUCUAUUUUUAUUGUUUUUACAUAACCUGCUUACAUAUUUUCAGUGUAUUAAUCAGUACAACAUUUUAUAGUCAAUUAUUAAUAGCCAGGGGAGAAAGACUCUGCCUCAGUGCAUGACACAGGUGACUGAGAGCUCUUCAACACUAUGAUGGAAGAAACUGAAUAUAAUAUGGAAAAUCCCAUCUCUGCCUGUGCUAACAGCUUCUUUUUAUCUGACGAGUGGCUUUGCUUUAUUAUGGGCAAGACUGAUCUUCCUCUCACAGCUUUAAUCAAGUAGAAGCUGUACUCCACUUAGAGCCUGUAUAUUCAGAUGGGGGGGGAGAGAAUCUGUAUGUCAGAUCCCAAUCAGUACUGAAUCCCAUGUUGUUGCUGCUUUUAUUUCAGAAACGAGCCUACAAGAGCUAUAUCCGUGCAUUGCCCAUGCUUAAGAAGAUGGGGGUCAGCUCCAUCAUUCUCCGCAAGAGCAUUGGAGCCUUAGAGGUGGCCUGUGGUAUUGUCAUGACACUCGUCCCUGGACGCCCCAAGGACGUGGCUAACUUUCUGCUGCUGCUGCUUGUUCUGGCUGUGCUUUUCUUCCACCAGCUGGUGGGUGACCCACUCAAGCGCUAUGCCCAUGCCCUGGUCUUUGGGAUCCUGCUUACCUGCCGCUUGCUGAUCGCCCGUCAGCCUGAGGAGCAGUUGCCAGAGAAGAAGACCCUUUCGGUGAAUGGAGAGGAGCAGCCACCUCUUGCGGAGGCAGCCCCAGAAAAGGGAAAAAUCAAGGUGUCCUAGUGGGAAGCCUAUGAGGGACACACGGGGACCUUCCAAGCAGCUCUCUCCAAAACCUGAAAAGAUUUGCAUUUCUUUUUCUUUUUGUGGUUUUUGUAAAGGGUUACCUUUUGGAGCAUGGGGAAAACCUUAAUCUGCCGGCUCCACAACAGCUUGGCUUGUGCACUCCAAACCUCUAGAGCUGCUCUCUCCUGUGUCCCACACACAUGUAGACAUGACUUAAUUUAAUGGUUCUAGAGGGGAAUAAAUGUACCAUGUGGUGUGUGUGUGCGUGUGUGUGAGAGAGACUGAACUGCUUAACUUGAACUGCCUCUGCAUCCGUCUGUAUUCUUCAGAGGCAAAAGGCAUGGGAAGUUCCAACCCUGUGCUUGCUCACCUUCCCAGUACUUUGCCCCUGUUUGCCUAGCAUCUAGCACUGGAGUGACAAACUUUUUUUUUCCUGCUUCAAAUGAGCCAAGUGGUGCAUCCCACCCACCUAUCUCAGCAGAGAAUGCUGUAUACCCAAGAAUAAACCCAGCAGUCAUUCCCCAAACCCUUUCUACUCCCAAUUCUCACUGUCUGCUGCUGUCAAAAGAUCAGGGACUGCUCACUGUCUGCCUACACAUAAAACUGCUUUUUCAGCCAUCCAUUCACUCUAACUUUAAAUAAGUGACAGGUUACUGUGGGUGGGUGAAGGCUUGAUGCUAAGAACAGGAUUCAUUUUCCAUCCAACAUGGGAAUCUACUGAUGAGCCAAGACAUAGUCAGGUCCCUGUUAAGAAGCUGCUUCAAUUGUUUUAGUGUUGAGCUUGGAGGGCAAAUAAACAGAAAGGUUAAACUGUCCUGGGAAAUACGGUUUUUAAAUGGUAUGUUGCCUUUUUUGGUAUUGUCUGGUUUGCAUUCUCCACCUCCUCCUCCCUUUCUUUGCCCUCCCCAUUAAUUUAUAAAAAUAAACUUUUUGAAAUUUGAAGGAAAA